GUUGUGUUUAGGGAACAUAUAUCGUCUCCAUGAUGUUGUGAUAAAACAUUUGAAAACGUGAACGGUGAAUUGUUCUCGAGACGGUGUUCCGCGGUGGCCCGGUAAAAUCAACAGACGUCGCGGAAUAUAAGAAGCUUCGGGGGAUGCGAAAACCGGUGGACGAUGUCGAUGAGACCGGCCUGGGGGCCGAAAUUGUUUCUCGUGCUGGUGACGACCACGAUCGUUAUCGGCAAUUAUCAGCGUCAUCGCGAGAGGAUCCAUUUGCGGGAGCAGCUCGUUAACGGGCACAAAGUGACGAGGAACAUCACUCGAUUGCAAGAGGAAAUAAUCGCUAAUCUACCACCUCUUCGAAUUCCUCGCUUGAGGCACCAUCGAGUAACAGAUUGGGAUCCUUAUUUCGAGAAUGCUGAAGGUCAGGGUAUUAAUGGAUCCCAAAAUGUUGCAUUGCAUCUUGGUGCGACGGCUCUUCUCGAUUGCCGCGUCGCCAUGCUUUCUGGAAAGAAGGUCAUGUGGUUACGCCGCAACGCAGACUGGGCAUCCCUUUUAACCCUGGGUAAUACCACUCACAUUUCCGAUCCCAGGUACAGCGUUAGUUUCCAAUAUCCAAACAACUGGAGACUGGCGAUCGCCGGGGUGCGCAGGGAGGAUCGUGGCUUGUACGUCUGUCAAGUGAACACGCACCCUCCGAGGAUGCUCGUCACCAACGUUACUGUUCUGGCUCCGGACAUCAGGAUCUUGGACGAGGCCAGACACGAACUUCGAGAUCGGUACUACAAAACCGGAAGUGGUAUCGAGCUAGCCUGCGUCGCUCGACCUUCUUGCCCUGACUCCAGGAUACCGCAUCCCGUCUGGAGGAAAAAUAGUGAGACGUUACCGAAUUACGUCAACGUUUAUCACAUUAAUGGGUCGAACGAAGAUCUGGUGACCAAGCUAUAUAUCGAACAGGCGAAAAAGACUGACAGCGGCGAAUACUCGUGCUCAGUGAGCCAAUUCAGUACCGCCGCGGUGCAUAUUCACGUCCUGAAUGGUGAAAAGCAGGCUGCGGUUCAUCAUGAUCAAUGGAAUGCAGCGCGAACAAACUGCGAAAAAUUGAAUAACUUAUACAUCACAAUUGCCAGCUUUAUUUUCCUCCAGACUUGGAUGAUCAGCUCGUCAUGAACCUCAUCAAAAAAACAAAAUCUUCAAAUUACGAUUGCACACUACAUAUUUCGCAUCGCUCUGUAUUCGUGGAUGUCCGCCAAAAAACGUUUCUAGUAACAGAUCAGUAUUACAAUUGACGAAAACUGCCGAAUAAACAAUUGUAUGCAAUAAAUUAGUAUGUAACAAUAUUAAAAAAAAAUAUAUGUUCACAUGAAAUUGUGAAUA